AUUUCUCCUCUCUAUAAAUCUCCACCAUAAUUCAUACACUCUUCCACGUUCCCUUUCUCUCUCUCAAAACAUUCAAAUCAUCCACCCAAGAGAAAGAAAAAACCAAUACAAAAAAUGGAAUACCCCCAUGGCCACCACAACCAUCACAACAACCACCACAAUCACCGCCGCGACGAUGAAAAUCCCAACGAAUACCCUCCUCCUCCACCACCCGCCUACGGAGGAGGUUACCCCAACUCUCCCCCUCGAAACUACCCUCCUCCACCUCCCUCCUACGGCGGGGGCUCCUACGGCGGAGGCUCCUACUCACCAGCCUCAUACGGAGGCGCGUUCUCCCACGCGCCACCACAAAAUGACUACGCGCCACCCUCCUACGGCGGUUCAUUCUCCCACGCGCCGCCGCAAAACGACUACGCGCCGCCCUCUUACGGCGGCUCAUUUUCUCACCGCCCUCAAGAAAAUUACCCACCACCGGCGCAGGUGACCGGAGCUUACCACAUCUCCCACAACACCCACAUGGAAUCCCCAAAUUACCCUUCACAACAACAUUCUUCAUCAUUUGGGGAUAAUCAUGAAUUUGAGAAGAAAAAUGAAGAAAGUGAUGGUGGGUCCCACCAUUUUAGGCCUCAUAUACCUGGGUUUAUUCAACAGCAUUUUCAUCAUUCAUCAAGUAAUGUUAGUGAUGAAUAUAAUAGUAGUGAAGGUGGUGGAUCUAAUUUAGGGAGUUAUUUUGCAAAUAAAUCAACUUAUAAGAUUUAUUGUAAAGCUGGUGGAACAACUUAUUCAGUUGCAAUUCGUGAUGGCAAGGUUGUUCUUACUCUUGCUGAUCAUAAUGAUCCUACCCAGCACUGGUACAAGGAUGAGAAGUUUAGCACAAAGGUGAAAGAUGAAGACGGAUAUCCAAGUUUUGCAUUGGUGAACAAAUCUACUGGGCAGGCUGUUAAACAUUCAGUUUCUGGUCAUCCGGUGCAAUUGAUCCCUUACAAGCCUGAUGAUUUAGAUUCAGCAAUCCUCUGGACGGAGAGCAAGGACUUAGGUUCCGGUUUUAGAACUAUCAGGAACGUGAAUAACGUUAAAUUGGUUAUGGACGCUUUUAAUGGCGACAAAGAUCAUGGUGGAGUCCAUGACGGCACAGUUGUUGCUGUUUACAAGUGCUGGAAGGGAGACAACCAAAAUCAGCAAUGGAAGAUUUACCCUUACUGAAAACUCGUAUAAACAACGGGAUUGGUGGUUGUGAAGAAGCGCGUUACUGCGUUAGCAAAGCCUUGCAGCUUGCUUGUUUAUUCUUCGUGUGUAAUCUUUGUUAAAAUAAUUUAUGCAUAGAUACAAAGUGAUGCUGGUGCUGCUGAUAGCUUGUGUUUUUCUUGUGGAUUGAAGCUUCCUCAUGUAAUGUACCAUGGAUAUGCAUUUGAUUGUUAAAUGAAAAAAAAAACAGACAGAUACUUUUUGUGUGAA